UCUGCCGGCCCGCCCUCCGCCCGAGGCUGGGGGGCCACAGGGCUGUGUGUGCAGGUGGCCGCCCCUCCCCGGGCCUCCUGAAAGUAGUCCGAUCCCACCCCCACCGGGGCCACCCACCGGGUUCACUGGCCACGCAAACGACCAGCCUAGCUUCCCCGGAGGCCUGGCCACCCAGGACUGGCCCGGGAGCUUCCUGCCCGAGAGAUGACUGACGCUCCCGGGCUCCCGGGCCACCCCCUGGUGUGGACGCCACCGGCCGGGCCUGCAGGGCCGCAGAUGGAGCGUACGGGAAACGGCUCGCAGGGCGCCGGGCCCCUCUUCCUCACCUCGCCGCUGGCCCGCGGCAUCUCGGGCAUCUUCGUGUGGGCGGCCCUGGUGCUCACCGGCCACCAGAUCUACCUGCACCUGCGUGCCUACACGGUGCCCAACGAGCAGCGGUACAUCAUCCGCCUGCUGCUAGUCGUCCCCGUCUACGCCUUCGACUCCUGGCUCAGCCUCCUCCUCCUGGGGGCCCAGCAGCACUACGUCUACUUAGACUCCGUGCGGGAUUGCUACGAAGCCUUUGUCAUUUACAGCUUCCUGAGCCUCUGCUUCCAGUACCUGGGGGGCGAGAGCGCCAUCAUGGCUGAGAUCCGGGGAAAGCCCAUCCGGACCAGCUGCUUCCACGGCACCUGCUGCCUUCGGGGCAUGACCUACUCCAUUGGCUUUCUGCGCUUCUGCAAGCAGGCCACGCUGCAGUUCUGCAUUGUGAAGCCCAUCAUGGCCUUGGUCACCAUCGUCCUGCAGGCAUUCGGCAAAUACCACGACGGGGACUUCAACGUCCGCAGCGGCUACCUGUACGUCACCCUUGUCUACAACGCCUCAGUCAGCCUGGCGCUCUACGCCCUGUUCCUCUUCUACUCCGCCACCAGCGAGCUGCUGCGACCCUUUGAGCCUGUGCUCAAGUUCCUCACCAUCAAGGCCGUCAUCUUCCUCUCUUUCUGGCAGGGGCUGCUGCUGGCCAUCCUGGAGAGGUGUGGGGUCAUCCCCGAGGUCCAGGUCAUCGACGGGAACACGGUGGGGGCCGGCACGGUGGCCGCCGGGUACCAGAACUUCAUCAUCUGCAUCGAGAUGCUCUUUGCUUCCAUCGCCCUGCGCUACGCCUUCACCUGCCAGGUGUACUCGGAGAAGAAAGACCACUCUCCAGCCCCCUCAGCGCCCAUGCAGAGCAUCUCCAGUGGCCUCAAGGAGACCAUGAGCCCGCAGGACAUUGUGCAGGACGCCAUCCACAACUUCUCACCCGCCUACCAGCAGUACACACAGCAGGCCACGCAGGAGGCCGCCCGGCCGGCCCAGGGCAGGGCGCCAUCACCCUGCACGCCCCCCCACGGCCCGAAUGGCGGCCCCGGUGGGGGCAGGAAGGGCCGCAACAUGGAGAAGAGGAUGCUGAUACCCGAGGAGGAGCUGUAGGGGGCCCGCGGUCAGCGGCCACCCGGAAAGGACAGGGCGCCCCGCCCACUGACCAUCUUGCCAAAGGUCAGGCCUCUCCCGGGAGCUUCCUGCCCACCCACCUGCAGCUGGUGGAGUGGGUCACCUGGCAGUCCUGCCAGGCGCCCAGGGGCCGCACCCUCACCCGGUGGGCCCGCAACCCCAGAAGAGGGCACUCGCGCCCCCCAGAUGGCCCCAGGGACCUGCCGGGCUCCCCUGGCUGUCAGCUCAGGCGGCCUCCCUGCACGGACAGACCCCAGGCGGGGCAGCAAUGGGGAAGGACGCUGGGCGGCCCUGAGCUGGGGGCCACACAGGCGGGAGGGCUCCACCCGGGCUGUGGGAGGCGGGGUGGCCCAUGGAGGGGGGUGUGCUGGCCGUGGCCUGGGGGAGGGGCAGGGCCCCCAGCGGAGGGCACGGGAUCUCCUGGUGACCUGCACUUAUUUAUACAUAAACAGCCGAGU